CACACACACACACACAUACUCCAUAUGGUAAGUUUUGAUGCACAUAUGGUGACAGCCUCAGCAAUAUCGAACACAGUAAUGGAGGGGUCGGAUGCAUACCUCAUACGCCCGAAGCAUCAGCACAAGUUUAAGCCAACCAUUGUGAAGGAGUGCAUUCGUGAAAUUGUGAGGGAGCGACUGUCAGGCAUCCGGUACGACCAAGAAGAAGUAGCAGAUCUAUCUCGAUCACUGGCAGACAGCAUCAAAGACAAAGUGAAGAGUGCUGGAUUUGACAGGUACAAGCUUGUAGUGCAAGUGGUUAUAGGAGAACAGCGGGGACAGGGAGUCAAAAUGUCCGCCAGGUGUCUUUGGGAUGCGGACACAGACAAUUAUGCAGAGGAUGUUUUUAUGAACGACAGCUUAUUCUGUGUGGUGGCAGUUUUUGGAAUCUAUUACUACUGAGGGCAGAGUGAUAGAGGACAAAGAAGUUCUCUCAAUGAAAAGACCUGAGGUGAAAAUUUAUCAGACUGCUUACUGUCAGCAUUUCAGGCCUCCAACGCUUUGAAGUAAUGACAUAUGUAAGGACUGCUUCUUCAGAUCUGCACAAAUGCAGUCAUGUAUCAAAGUAUUGCAUGCCUGUGCUGACGCUGUGACUCUGAAAUGAAGAAGGAUCUUACCGGGCUUUACCAAUCUGACAUGGUGGGCGUUUAAAACCAAAGCCUGCCUGUUGUCUCUCUCUCUCUCUCUCUCUCUCUCUCUCUCUCUCUCUCUCUCUCUCUCUCUCUCUCUCUCUCUCUUCCUUUCUCUCUCCCUCUCUUUUCCUUUCUCUCUCUCUCUCUCUCUCUCUCUCUCUCUCUCAAAAGCUUUUGUGACCUUAAACAUCACUGGACUGGAUGGUCUUAAAAACCAUGUUGUUGGGAUGCAAACAUCAAGAUUCAUGAAAUGCUUUUGCUGGACAUGUUUUCAGCAUUGAAGUGAAAACAUCAAUGUGGUCACAAUUUUCUAUAUUGCAACAUUAAUAGAAGGAGUUUUAUGGGGCAUCAAGCAGACCAUUGAAUGAACACAUUGUUAGUUCUUUUUUUGGGGGGGGGGCGGGGGGUUGACACUUUUGUUUGUGUAACUCUAUGUCUUUCUUUCUUAUUGUGCUCAUUUUAUGCCGUCAUAUUUUUGAUUGGCAUGCUGAAGGAUCCACAGAUUCUCAGUCCUGCAGGCCCAGGUACAUUAUUCCGAUCAUUUUAAGUCCUGUAAGACUGGAUUUAAAGGGUUUGAUGUUAUAAGAAUCUCAGAAUGUUCAAAAGUAGCAUCUAUUUUUUAAAAAUUGUGUAAUAAAUGCAAAU